CGUGCAAUUUGCGUGAUUAUUCAAUUGACAGGGAGCCGGUGCCGCGAAACUAGCACACAUCCCAUGUCUUCACUCGUCGAUCCGACCUCCCCGCGUCAACAUGUUCGUCCUGCUGCUGUUCUGCGCCGAUCUAGCACACACUGGAAAUGGUUUGCCAGAUGUGUCACUCACAGUGUCUCCUGCAGAGGGGCAGGAAUCCAACACACUUCAGUAUGAUCUGGAACUGAACUGGCAGCCUAGUCUGGAUGCAGACUGGAUUGGCCUUUACAAUGUAUCUUCACUGCAAGAAGUAACACAAGACACAGAGCCGCUCAUUUGCAUCAGUCCUCGUGAUUACCCUGAUGGAUACUACAGUACUAAUAUCAGCUUUGCCGAACAACAGUACCCCAAUGGAUGGAAUAAAGGGUCUGGAGAAAACCCCGUGCCUGGAGAUGCUUGUCUGCCCUAUUGGAUUGCUGCCUACAAAUACAAUGAAUUGCAUCAGGCUGUCUGUCUUAAAAUCCACCCUACUUGGAUGUGGGAUCAUAGAGCUGAGCUGGAGAACAUGCCUCUUAUUGGUUUGUUCUUUCCUGGUACAUACAAUUCAAACCACUUUAACAGAGGGAGUAUACCCUUGCCAAGGCAAACAGUCAGUCAUUUUCUUCUCACACAAGAUUCUGAUGUCUGGGGGGAAUUAAUUCGUGGUAUUCGGUACCUUGAUGUUGAUAUAGAGUAUUGUCCUAACCAGGGGAAGUCUUCUUCCACCCCUGCAACUACAGAUGAUGACAGAUGCUCGGCGAAUCAUAGCCUGCCUCAUGCAAAUCACCUGCUGCCUGUGCUUAAGGAUAUUAAAGAAUUCUUGAAGAGGGCAAAGUAUGAAAUAGUCAUACUUGACAUUCACCACUUCCCCAUGGGAUUUGAAAAGAACACAGACCUACACCGUGAAUUUGUUUCAUUGCUGUAUUCUGAGCUUGGUGAUUACAUACUGCCAUUCGACAACAUUACCUACAAUUCUACAUUGGCUGACGUGUGGCACACUGGACGUACUCUUAUUGUGGCAUACAAUGAUUCUGAAACAACGACAGAAUUUGCUUGGCUGUGGGGCCCAAUACCACGGCUUUAUGGAGAUCACCAAACAACAGAAGGGCUCAAGACAUUCCUUUGGCAGUGCAUGGACGAUGCACUAGCCACCAGUGGGACAACUUUGGAAAUGUCUACAACUAGUAAUCUACCAACACCAGCAGUUUCCACAUCGGACAACUCAGAUAGUCUUUAUGAUCUAAUUGACAUGGCCAGUCGUAAUAUCACUAAAUGGUUUCAUAAUUAUUGGUGGAGAUAUUCAAACCUUGUUGCCACUGACUUUUUUCUUGGAAAUAACAUAACUGAUGUCAAUGUUAGAGCUUGCCUGGAUAAAGCGAAUAAUGUAAUAUUUCAAAUAGCAUCAGAAGACUAGUGAUGGUUAUCAUGAUGAUAGUUUACUGCAUGACAUAUAAAGUGUAAAUUCAAAACUGCAUACACUUGCAACCAAUAAUAAUACUAAUAAUAAUAAUAUUAAUAAUAAUAACUAUGUAAAACAAUAUAAAGAAGAGAGAUACAUUGUAAACUUAAGUUGUAAACAGGAUUCAAGUGCUUUAUAGUCAUAUUUGGUUUGAUUCUCUCGAGUACACCACCAUCAGUAAACCAAGUCUCUCCAAGUCCAUCCUUAUACAGACGGUUGUGGGGCCUCGGCUGUUCAAUACAGAAUAUUGAAUCAAAACACUUUCCAGCUAUCUAAAUUUUCAGUUGUUAUUUUAUUUGAGCAACUAGUUUUGGUGCUACACUACUCCACCUUCAGACCACCUGACCGACAGUAGGAAGAUUCCCAUAGGGACAUCAUUCACUGACCGGUAUCUGUAGAUUUCUACUUGACACAGUGAUCCUUUCAAUCAUCACUUGCCAAAUGUUACCUGACAGUCAGCAAAUGUUGAUCAAGGGAUCACUGUGUCAAGUAGAAAUCUAUGGACAUGUCACUCAAUACUGGCCCCUAUUUUGACUAGACCAGAGGUGAGAAUCUUCCUACAUGUUGGUCAGGUGCCUGAAGAUGGUGUAAUGUAGUGCUAAAAUUGAUUGCUCAUAUAAAAUAGCAAUUGACAAUUUAGACGGCUGAAAGGUGUUUUGAUUCAGCAUUCAAUACCAGUAAACUAAAGUCAAAUGAACUUAUUUGACAUAUUUACUGAACAUGGCAGCAAAGAAAGGUAUUUAAAUUUGUUUGCAUUGACUGUAGUAUUUCAUAUAAUGAAGAAGCAAUAACUACUUAGCAGGCAUUGGCAAUGCAUAAUCCAAGGCCCAAAACAAAUAUGUAAUGAGAAGGAUGCUCUACGAUUGCUGCCAAAUAAAGCCUACAAUUUCAAUACACAAAACUCUCAUUAGCUUACCUUGACACACAUGUGAAGCUUACAGCCAUAAAACUCCAUCAAAGUUAUAUUUGCUUACAAUUACGCAAAGAUCUGUAAUAUAUAGAUUUAUGAUUACACACAUGCAUUGCUGUUAUUUGGUUUUGAUACCCUUCAUGUGGCUUUCCUCAUUUCGUACAAUUUCAUUUCCGCACAUGCUGUACUAAAGACAGUGAAGCAUUGCUUGGUAUGCUGUGCUUGUUCAUUGUGCUUAGACUUUUGGAUGGUUUCACACUCUUGUUCAGAAAGUUGCCAAGUUGUUCAAAAUUUUGCAGUGAAGUCCACAGAAGCAGUACUACACCUAGCAAUCCUAUGCUUCUACAACUAGAUACGUCUACACGAUAAAUAACACCAUUUUAGAAGAGUAAGUAAAGUGGCUUUGUGUAUACAUUUGUCUUCUAUAUGCAAGCAAUGUUUUGUCAAAUUUUGAAAUGUAUAACUAUUCAAAGAAGUGGUAAUUACAUUUUGUUUUCAGCAUAAUUAAUUUUUUAAAGUGUAAUAAUCAGUGAUUUCUGGUUCAUACAUCAGAAAACUUCUGUCCUUUUUAAAAUAUAUAACAACUAUGUAUCAUUGUGUGUUUUAAUGUCUUAACAUAUUGAUUUUUUCAAUUUAUGUUCCAAAAAUAAUUUUUUAUGAAAGAAGGCAUCCUAUAAUGAAUGACAGUCUUUAAAGCUCAAAAUAAUGAGUUACAAAAUUUUGAAGAUAACUAAUAAUGAAAUCCCAGGUAUAUUUGUGCACUGGACAUUCACUAAAAUAUCCUAAAACUCAAAGUUAUUUUUUAGUUUCUGGGUAGCUAUGGAGUCUAACCAUGUACUUCACAAUGGUUUCCUGUGAACAUAAAUCUUAAAGGAGCUGGGUGGAGCACAAUGGAUGUAUUUAUCUCAUACCACUGGUGAGCACCUGUCACUCAACUGAAGACCUGUCAUCACUUUCAGUAUCUAAUGCAGUAACAUCCCAUUCUUCUUCACUUUCCGAGCCACUAAACUCAAUAUGAAACUCAGGCUCACUAUAGCCAUCCUCUUUUAAAAACCAUCAAUACAGGAAAGAGGCAGAAAGUGUGUGUUUUGUCAUUGAGUAUCCAAAACUGUACACAGUAAAAAUGAUAGCUAGUGGCAGCCAUGUUGACCAAAAGAUCACAGCUAGGCUAAAAAUGUAGGACCAGAUGCUCUCUAGUGGCUGAACCCUUAACUGACAGUGCUGAAAUGGAUAUAAGCAGUGAAACACAUUUAGGAUACAUUGAUGUGCAAGGUCUUUUUCCUGCAUGUUUCUAACACAACAAUGAGAUAGACAGGAAAGUGAGAAAAAAAUUACAGACCCACUACUAAAACUGCAAAUGGCUUAUGCCACUUAUGUAAUUCAGUAUUCACAUACCAAUGUAGGGAGCAAACUGGACCUUGUGCAGCAUCAUUUACAGUGGAAUGACUGGAAAAUUCAUGACCCUGAGGCUCAUGAAUGGUAAACAAGACAAGUUGGUACAAAACGAAAAUUGCUAUACUACAAGUUGAACACAAAAUGACCUGCUUCAGCAAAUAAUAUCACAUGAGUAUUCACUUUAGCAAACAUAUCUAAAAAUCAUGCUCACCUCAUCAGUUACUUUGUAAUGACAUGGUUUUACGCAUUUCAGAUCCUGACUUGUGGAAGUCACUGUUCUAACAUUUGUGUAAACAAGUGUUGUAAAACAUUUUUUUUUUAUCUGGUGAUGCACAGCUACAAUAGCCUAAGAAUAAUCCUACGCAUUUGCGUGUAUUGAACAUGUUUUGUUACAAGGUUUUUUUUUUCCUCUCCAUCCAUUAUGACCAUUUCACUCAGUGUCUCUUGGAAGUACAUUAGAAUAUUUGUUUUUCUUUGUAAAUAUUUACUGUGUAUUCUAUGUUUUUCUGACAUGUUCUACAUCCUGGAGGAUCUUCUUGCUAUAGUGAUCUAUUGGGAUGAAAAGUACACCUAAUAUAAUGUAACCAUUGUAAAAUAUUGCUCCAUAAUAAAUCCUUUACCAUCAGUGAAA